AUGAAACUGCUGAUGUCCGACUAUGAGGUCAAUCUGGUCAACGAUAAUAUGCAAGAGUUCUAUGUGCGCUUCUACGGACCAGCAGAGACUCCAUUCGCUGGAGGUGUAUGGAAGAUACACGUAGAGCUGCCCGACCAGUACCCCUUCAAAUCCCCGAGUAUCGGCUUUAUGAAUAAGAUAUUCCACCCGAAUAUCGACGAACUGAGUGGCUCUGUGUGUCUAGACGUUAUCAAUCAGACUUGGUCACCAAUGUUCGACAUGAUCAACAUCUUUGAGGUGUUCCUGCCACAGUUACUCCGCUAUCCUAACCCAAACGACCCCCUUAACGGUGAAGCGGCUGCACUACUGAUGCGCCACCCGAAGGAGUACGACGCCAAGGUCAAGGAGUAUGUUCACCGCUUCGCGACGAAAGAAGCCGCGGACGCCGCCGUAGACAAGGAAGAUGAAGACGGUGAAGAUGAUCAGAUGAGUGAUAUUGGCAGCAUCAGCGAGGACGAAGGGGCGGCAGAACCCAUGGAUCUCUAG